AUGGUUCUUUCUUUGGCUGAAAAGUGGGGAUCUGAUAAGCUAUCUUCUUAUGAAGUUGAAUUUGGUCAGUGUUUGAAUGAUAUUGAAGUUUUGGAUCUUAAUUUCAAUGGGUGUUUUUACACUUGGACCAAUAAAAGUGAGGAGCCUCGGUUUGUAGCAAGAAAACUGGAUAGAGUUUUGGCUAAUGUGAAUUGGAUGAGUCUUUUUGGGAAUACUGCUUCAGGGGGCAUUUCUGAUCAUUCACUUGUUAUUAUUUCAGUAGGUACUUUAAAAAGUUUUGGCCCUAAACCUUUUAAGUUCUAUAACUAUUUGUUAGAGCAUAAAGGGUUCUCGGAUUGGGUUAAGGAGGGUUGGAGUAUUCAGGUUGAGGGUUUCCCAAUUGCUGAUAGUCUACUUAAGGAGAGGGAAUGUCUUCAUGCUUAUGUUUCUAUUUCUAGAGCUGAGGAAUCUUUCUUGAAGCAGAAGGCAAGGAAUCAAUGGUUGAAUUUGGGAGAUCAGAAUAAUAAGUUUUUCUAUAAAUCUCUUAAGGUUCAAAAUGCCAAGAAAACUAUUAACUAUCUAUGGGAUGAGCAUGCUACCUUGGAGAAAGAGGUUUCUGAAGAUGAAAUAAGAGAUACUUUGUUUCAUAUGAAAGCUAAUAAGGCCCCUGGUCCUGAUGGGAUGUUGCCUUUUUUGGAUGAUUUGGUGAGCAUGAACCAAUCUGCUUUCAUUCCUUCUAGGAAUAUAUCUGAGAAUGUUCUGUUGGCUCAAGAACUUGUGAGGGGUUAUCAUAAGGAAAAAUGGAAACCUAGAUUUUUGAGCUGGAUCAGGGUGUGUAUUACAUCACCUAAAUUUUCUGUUUGUAUCAAUGGUACUUUGGUUGGCUAUUUUGAAGGUAAAAAGGGACUGAGGCAGGGUGAUCCUAUUUCUCCUUACUUAUUUGUUCUUGCUAUGGAGGUGUUCUCUCGGAUUAUGGCUGCACAUACUGGUGGUAAUGCUGCUAGUUUGAGUUCUAUUAAAGUUAUCAAGGCUGCUCUUAUUGAGUUUGAGAAUCUGUCUGGGUUGAAAGCUAAUCCUUCUAAGAGUUCUCUUUAUUGUUCUGGAAUUUCAGAUAGAAUGAGGCAUAUUCUCUUGGAUGAUUUGAUGAUGAAGGAAGGUAGGCUCCAGUUGUUAUCUUCUGUUCUUUACAGUUUACAAGUGUAUUGGAUGGGCAUUUUCAUUCUUUCUAAAAAGAUUAUUAGAGCUAUUGAACAAAAGUUCAAUAGGUUUUUAUGGAAUGGGAAUGAAGAAGGUGUAGCUAAAGCAAAGGUUUCUUGGUCUGAUCUCUGUUUUCCUAAAAGGGAGGGAGGAGUUUUGAUUGAACAAUAUGGCUUUAGGGUUGUUUAUGAUGCUCAAAGUAAUAUUAAAGCUAAGCUGUCUUCUGUCAUUUACAAUGAAGAUUGGUUCUGGAGACCAGCAAGAUCAGAAGCUCUAGUCGAUAUUCAAGCUAGGCUUUCUGAAGUUUGUUUAGGCCAAUUUGAUAAGCCAGUUUGGACUGUUUCUAAAAAAGGUGUUUAUGAUAGUGCAGAGACUUGGGAAGCCCUUAAAAAGAAGAAUGUAGAGGUUGUUUGGUGGAAGUUAGUUUGGUUUCCUCUUGCUAUUCCUAAGCAGGCUUUUAUUUUGUGGCUUGCUAUGAAGGAUAGGCUACUUACAGGUGAGAGGUCACUCAAAUGGGGUUAUAAGGGUGUGGUUCAGUGUUGUUUCUGUCAUUCUCAACUGGAAACUCGUGAUCAUAUUUUCUUUGAAUGCAGCUUUAGUUCGAGAGUUUGGAAAUAUUGCAUGAUUCGUUGUAGAGUUGAUAUGCCUCCUAUGAUUUGGGAUGAACUUGUGCAGCUUGGCUGCAAUAAGUGGGGAAAGAACUCUCUUAAAUGCUUGAUAUGUCAAUUGGUUCUUGGUUCUGUUGUUUAUAAUCUCUGGCAUACUAGAAAUGAGCUUAGACAUGAUGGUGUUCCAAAAACUGAAGAGCAGUUAUUAAAGCAGAUUUUUUGGGAAAUCAGGGCUAGAAUUACUGUAAAAAGAGGUUUUCCUAGAACUAGGGAGAACCUUUUGUUGUGUUCAUUGUGGAACUUGCCUUCUGCCAUCCUCUGUAAUGUUGGCUUGUAG